AAGCAAGAGCCUUAAAAUACAUUACUGGAGGCCUUCACCGAGGCGCCACCACACAGCGCAGCGCGGAGGAAGUGGAUUUCCAGCGGAAUACAUGACAGUGUGAUUUUAUGAAAAGUUAACUUGGCUCCCGUGCGGGGCGCGUGGGGGACAUCGUAGAGCACGGGCUCCUCCGCGAGCGCCUGCUGCCAGAUGCGUGUCGAGCGGAGCCGAGCGGUGUGAACAUGUCACUGUUGUAACAUGUUGUUUCAGUGUGACAUGUCCCGCUUCUGCACUGCCACACAGUGAAGAAGGAGGAACAGCAGCCACUAUUGAACAGCGGCCAGGCCAGGGAUGGAAGAGAAAGAGACGGGGGAGAGCGAGCCUGUGGACCUCCGGUGUGCCGAGCAGGCUGAGCUGCUCUCAUUAAUAAUAAGCGGGGAGGAGGAAGCGACGCGAGAGGAGAGUGACUUGGGAGAUGAGGACUGUCUUGCCAACGGCCAUGAGGAGGAGUCAGAGGCCGGCAUGGUCACGCCUGUCGGGUCCCCAGGCACCAGCUACUGGAGCAUCACAGAGGGCCCGGACCAGCCCCCCCUGCUUUCCCCGGCCCCCGGGCCCUCCGGACACAAACCCAGGGUCCAGAGAGCAUCGCGCCCGGGCCUGAGCCGCAUCCCCGGCCGAGACCACCGCCGCUACUACCACGAAUACUGGCGCAGCGAGUACCUGAUGGACUUCGACCCCCAGCGGCACGGGAUGAUCUGCAUGGUGUGCGGCAGCUCGCUGGCCACCCUGAAGCUCAGCACCAUCAAGAGGCACAUCCGACAGAAGCACCCGGACUCUCUGCUGUGGAGCUCCGCAGACAAGGAGGUCAUCCGCUCAGGCUGGGAGAGCCACUUGAGUCUGGGCGGGGGUCAAAGGGCAUUCAGUUCUGCUGCGGGACCCUCGCCUGAGGAAGAGGAGGAGCAGCUGGACUCAGACCAACACAGUGCCGCAGAACCCCUGGAGCCUUUGACCCACCAGGAGCAGCCUCAACAACCCCACAGUCUGUCCCCUGGCUCUGAUGAGGGUGAAGCCCCCCCGCCCCAGGAAGAGGAGCAGGAAGAGGAGGAGGGGGAGGAGCAGGACGGCCCCGGGCCCUCGGCCCAGACUCUGGAGCGCUACCUGAACGACUCGCUGCACGCCUGGUUCCGCCAGGAGUUCCUGAUGGAGUACGAGGCGGAGGCAGGCCGGCUGCUCUGCAUGGUGUGUGGGGGGGAGCUGCCCUCGCUACACCUGGACCACAUCAAGAGCCACGUGCUGGACACACACCCACACUCCCUGGUGUUCAGCUCCGAGGAGAAGCACUGCAUCCUGCAGGCCUGGGCCCAGGCUCACGAAGAGUCAGAAACCUCAAUCAAAUCAGAGCCGGACACCAAAGAGGGGGGGGUGGAGCUGUUUGCUCAGGAGGUGGGGGCCCUGCAGCUCCACACGGACCUGUACCCCGAAGACGACGGCACUUUAACUCAGGACGCUUGUCUCAUCGGUGAGGACGGGGGGGUUGGAGCUCCUCAGCAGGGACCCCCGCCCCCCCGGCAGCCCAGGAAGAGGCGGCUGCGCAUGGGGGACCCGUGGCGGCUCCGCCUGGACUACCUGGUGGCCUAUGGGCCCCCGGGCCGGGGUACCUACUGCAUGGUGUGCUCUCAGGUGCUGCAGGAGAUCAAGGUGAGCAGCUUUCGCAGACACAUCCAGGAGUGUCACCCCGAGACCACCACCCUGAGCCGGGGGGAGAGGGAGGCCAUGGCCGCCGCCUGGACCAAAGACUACCCCAGCGAGGGCUCGCACAUUCAGAACGAAACCCCCCCGAGUGAAGCUGAGGUCCUGAACCCCCUGGGAGAGACGGACGAGGACAGCCCCCCUGAUGUCAGGACGCACGGCAAAGUGAUAAAGAAGGAGGAGGGCGUGAGCGCAGCCAAGAGUAAACCCAGAGAGGAGGGCGCCGCGGGCCCCCUCCCCCCGUCACAGCCACUACCCCGGCAGGACCAGCGCAGGAACUACCAGGUGCGCUGGAGGCGGGACUUUCUGAUGGACUACGACUGCCGGAGACACGGCCUCACCUGCAUGGUGUGCGGCGCAACGCUGGCCACGCUGAAGGUCAGCACCAUCAAGAGGCACGUGCAGCAGGUGCACCCCCACUCCCUGUUCUACAGCGCCCAGGAGAGGCAGCAGGCCCUGCUCAGCUACAGCCAGACGGCCCCCAGCUUCACACACUCAGGGGACUGCUGCUCCCCCCAGGACCACGGCCCCACCCAGCCGGCCCCCGCCACAGCACACUCUGGCACUUAGAAAGGGCCUCCGUCCGUCGCUACUCGCGUGGCCCCUUGUCAGAAACAGCCCUCCCUCUUCUUUUUAACCCUGCUGUCGUGUUCGUUCCCUUA